AUGCCUCUCUUCUACUCCUAUAAUCAAUCCCUCUUUGUUCCCUCCUCCUCCUUCCUCAUCUUCUUCUCCUCCGCCUCCUCUUCUUUCCUAUCAUCACACCUGCCUCUCUUCUACUCCUAUAAUCAAUCCUUCCUUGUUCCCAUCUCCUCCUUCUUCAUCUUCUUCUUCUCCUGCUUCCGCCUCCUCUUCUUUCCUAUUCUUCUUUCCUAUUCUCACACCUAUCUCUCUUCUUCUCCUAUAAUCAAUACUUCCCCCCUCCUCCUUUUUAUUCAUCUUCUUUUUCUCCCCCUUCUUCCGCUUCUUCUUUUUUCCUAUCUUCACACAUCCCACUCUCCUACUUCUAUAAUCAAUCCUUCCUACCAUGUUUCCUUUUACUUUUUCAUCUCCUUCCAUCUCAUUUCCCUCCAACUAUUUCUGUAUUUUUCUUUAAUUAUCCUCCUCCUUCUUUCUCAUUGUCCUUGUUCAACGUCUUCCUCAAUUUUUCGUCCAUUUUCAUCUUACUCUUUCUCCUACUUCUUCUUACUUUUUGACGUCCAUUUUUUUUCUGCUUCUUGUCCUCGAGAAUGCCUAUUUUGGUCUAUCUAUCUAUCUAUCUAUCUAUCUAUCUAUCUAUCUAUCUAUCUAUCUAUCUAUCUCUCUCUCUUUAUAUAUAUAUAUAUAUAUAUAUAUUUCGGUCGCCGAGACACGAAAAUAACGCCGACUGUUGAAUGGUGCGUCUUUGAUUAUCUUUUGUGA